AUGCCACGCACCACUAAAAAACAAGUCGAAAACACGCUUCGGGCAGUAGGAAUAACAUUCCUACCUACUGCCACAUUAGCGCAGUUAAAGCGUUUGUGUGACGAUAUUGUGGGGUCAUCGCAAAAAGGCACGGUCGCCCAAUGUUCCGUGCGUGCAAGUCAGGAAGACGUUUCGAACCUUGGUGAAGGUGUUGCCGCGAAUGUCGAAAUCACCGAUUUAAGUGGAAACAGCGCCGACGAUACUGCUACACGCGCAGAAAACCUUGCCGUAUGUACGCAGGCUGCCGAUUCAAGUGCUGGGCCCUCCGGCGAAAAAUCCGAGACCCCUGUACUGAAUUCCAAUGACGAAACUGCUGCACUAAAUUCCGCGACUUCCGUUAUAAAUAUUACGCUCCCUGAUCAAUCUUAUCACAAACACCUGCUAUAUCACAGUAAUGAAAAGCCACAUGUCUGUUCAACUUGUGGACGAGCUUUCAAGGAGCUUUCGACUCUACACAAUCACGAACGAAUACAUAGUGGAGAAAAGCCGUUUAAGUGCGAAGUGUGUGGAAAAUGUUUUCGACAACGUGUCUCCUUCUUGGUUCAUACACGCAUACAUACCGGCAUUAUGCCCUACAAAUGUGAUGUGUGUCAGAAGAGCUUUCGCUAUAAGGUCUCCCAGCGAACACACAAGUGCCAACCUCCGACAUGUCUGUCAGACGAGGUUGAUGCUGUACCGUUAGAAGGUGAAACAGGACAGAGUUUGAAUAAGCAAGCACAUGAUCACACCACUGAUGAUAUAUCGGAAAGCUUCAUCAAAGAAUUUUUGGAAAAUACUAGAGUACAUACGGGUGAUGCACAGAAUUCGCCAGCCAGCGCCGAGAUUGCAGCCAUUACCGCUGUUAGCGAUUGCAAUGGCAACUUCGAUGAGGCGCUACUCACCAAAGCUAUCGAUGAUAUAGUCGUGGAGUCUUGUAAUAAAAUGGGUAUUGGAAAUCAAGGUCAACACUUGUCACCUUCUAGUAUGCGUUCUGCGGUAGCACCGCCGCCGUUGGCCCCCUGCAGUGAUGAUUGCAAUUCACCAACACAGAAAUUGCAAAACAUGAGGUUGUAUUCACCACAGCUGGAGUCAAGUAUGGGUGAUGUAGUAUGUAGUGAUAGCGUAGAUAACAUAUUUCCACGAUUUCUUCUGGACGAUGUUGGAAGCAAUAUGAUGUAAGAUCAAGAAAUACAUAUUUAUACUAAAAACUAAAAAGUUACGAAAUCGAUUGUAAAUUUUGUAUAAAUCUAUAGCUAGUUUAAUUCACAUAUUUUAAAUAAUAUAAACUAGACAAAUAUAAAAUGAAACCAAGAAAUGUUAAAAUUGAUACACUGAAAAAAUGCUUCUCAUUCAAAACUCCAUACUGC